AUGCAAAGAACUUUUGGUAAACACAUUCUCCAAUUCCCGGAUUUUUCGAAACCAUUCGUACUCACCACUGAUGCCUUACAUUAUGCUCUAGGAGUCCUAUUAUCUCAAGGCGCCAUCGGAACCGACAAACCAAUAGCUUACGCUAGUAGCACUUUAAAUGAUGCAGAGACCAGAUACAGUACUAUCGAGAAGGAACUGUUGGCAAUAGUAUGGUCCGUAAAAAUAUUUAGACCUUACCUAUAUGGCGGAAAAUUUACCAUCUUCACGGAUCAUAGACCUUUGGCGUGGUUAAAUUCUAUCAAAGAACCCAACAGUAAACUCACGAGAUGGAAGUUGCGGCUUGCUGAGUUCGAUUAUGACAUCGUUUAUAAAAAUGGGAAACAAAAUUUCGUUGCCGACGCCUUAUGCCAUGUUAAGGUAAACGCCCUGGGAGAAGACCAAAAAUUAAUGAAGGUUAACGUGGAUAAGGAUGAACAACGGUAA